CCUGCGAAACCUAAUCAUACUGAGGAAGGUCAUGCAUAAAAUUUCACUGCGUUACAGCAAGUGAAAAAAUAGUCACAUAUUACAUUUUUCUAACGUUUUACCAUUUCAACGCGCGUGACGGACUUCAGCACUCCACGGUGUGAAUUUACGAUGUAGUGAAACAUAUUGUCAGAGUGCGGCUUUACUGUAUACCGGCUAAUGUAGGCGUUAUCAUUUCCGCCACGACCUGCAUUUAUCCUUGGAUUUACCAUCGAUCUCGGGAUACGUAACAAUAGAAAAAAACCCUGCUACCUGAAAAUGUUUACGUGGCCGACAUUCUAUGCCAGUGUGGUCGGAUUAUCGCUGUUAUUUGUGGAUCUUACGGAUGCCUUUGCCGGAUCAGUUACCAAUCUCAAUGCAACCCGGCAAAGCAGCAACAUCCAAGUGUAUCCGCUGCAAGUCCAGAUGAAAGAACAGCGCAGCCGGAUAAACAACGAACCCAAAGAGUUACGCACAAAAGUCGCAGCCAGGGUUAACGAUAUGCCUCAUGUUGCAGCCGUUAAUCAACAGGCAGCACAAUCGCAAGAUGUCUGUGAGACCUACAGCUUUGUUGUCAAGAAUGCCGCGGUGGUCAGAGAUGAUUCCUGUGGAAAUAAUUCGGCUCUGAUAGAAGAAGUUAAUGAGGCUAUUAAUAAGUUAAAAGCUCAGUCCCAGGUCGAUCGAGAAAUGAGACAUCGAUUGGAACUACAAGUUCUGCAUGAAACCGGAGAGAAUCAAAAGCUGAAAAGUGAACUGCUGGCUAAUCGUGCUGAAAUGGAGAAGCUGAAAAACCAGAUCCUCCAGUUAGAGGUGUUAAUAUGGCGCGAAAAAUUUAUGUACGAAAACCAGACUGGCUUGAUUAUUCGGGAGCUGCAGAGCAAAGUGGACAACAUGUCACAGCACGUCAACGAGCAGCUGGAAAUCCUGCAGGAAUACGUAAACGGCCGCAUUCCUGUGCGCGGUCCGGAUGGCACAAUACAGUGCCAUUUCGAGAAGACACCGAAUGCCGGUAUUCUGCACUACAAUGACAAACAACUGCGGGUCAACAACGUAAUGGAGUGCUUGAAAGCCUGCCUAACGGAGACGAUGUUCAACUGUCGUUCCGUGGAUUAUCUGCGCACCGGGACCAAUCAUCAGAAUACUGGAGAAUGUCUUCUCAGUAAAGAUAAUCACUUUACAGUACCGGAAGAAAAUUUUAAUUCCUACGUUGGAUGGGAUUAUUACAUAAAGAUCUGUAAAUAGAUUUUACUAAUUGGACACGUACUAUUGCUCUUGUACAGAAUCGGUUGUAGAAAAACGAACACUGUUUGCCAUUUAAUUACAAAACUUGUUUACGGAAAAUUAGUUCAACAGCGGUUUUAUACUAAUCUAUAAAACGUUCUACAAGAGUGUGCCUUUAAUAUGUAGUACAUAUACAGUACAC